ACACAGACAUUUUAGCGCUGGCAUUUAGGGAAAGCUUCGUUUUUUUUGUUUGUGCAUAUUUGUGUUUCCGCCAUGCUGGCCUAAUUUCAGCCGAUGCUGCAGAUUUUACAUCAGUAUAGCGUGCAUAAAUAAUUUUGUAUGUGCCAUGCUGGUUGCACGCCACUUCAUUGUCAAAUUGAGAAGCCACCAUGUCUCUAGUGUCUGCUGAUACACGCAUAUCUGAGCUUCUUAGUGAAUUGCAUCAACUCAUAAAACAAACCCAAGAAGAACGUUCUAGAAGUGAGCAUAAUUUAAUCAACAUUCAAAAAACUCAUGAACGCAUGCAGACUGAAAACAAAAUUUCUCCAUACUAUCGGACAAAGCUUAGGGGACUGUAUACAACGGCAAAGGCUGAUGCAGAAGCUGAAUGCAAUAUUCUGCGAAAAGCCCUGGAUAAAAUUGCAGAGAUCAAGUCUUUGUUGGAUGAACGCCGUAUAGCCGCAAAGAUUGCAGGACUGUACAAUGACUCUGAGCCUCCACGGAAGACGAUGCGAAGAGGUGUCCUUAUGACACUUCUUCAACAGUCAGCAAUGACAUUACCACUAUGGAUUGGAAAACCUGGAGAAAAACCUCCUCCACUUUGUGGUGCCAUUCCUGCAUCAAGUGACUAUGUGGCCAAACCAGGGGACAAAGUGGCAGCUCGAGUGAAGGCAGUUGAUGGAGAUGAACAGUGGAUCCUAGCAGAAGUGGUUAGCUACAGCCAUGCCUCAAACAAGUAUGAAGUGGAUGAUAUUGAUGAAGAAGGAAAGGAGCGACAUACUCUUAGCAGAAGAAGAAUUAUCCCUUUGCCACAGUGGAAGGCCAACCCUGAGACAGACCCUGAAGCCUUGUUUCAGAAAGACCAGUUGGUGUUGGCUCUGUAUCCACAGACAACCUGUUUUUAUCGGGCUCUUAUCCAUGCACCACCUCAACGGACUCAAGAUGAUUAUUCUGUAUUGUUUGAAGAUACGUCAUAUGCUGAUGGAUAUUCACCACCUCUUAAUGUAGCUCAGCGUUACGUUGUGGCUUGUAAAGAAACAAAGAAGAAAUAGAAACAGUGAAGAUGUAUAUCAUAGUAUAUGGAAAGAUGAGCAGAUCAUAGCCAUUUUCAGUUACUGUAUUGGAAUGCCUAGUCUGCAAGUGAUACAGAUAGAAAGAACUCAAGACCUCUGUGAACUAAGUGCUGAUCCGGUGGACUCCUGGAAAUAUUGACCCAGGAACUCGGAAGAUCUUGGCGCUAGUUGAUUUCGCACUUUUCUGAAUUUAUAGAUCAUAAUGUUCAUUUCUCUGUCAUACCCCGUUACUGCUUUCAUUUUUUGGGGGAGGGGGGUUCACAUUGUAGUAUAGCAAACUGACAACCUUUGGUGCCAGUGGCCUUCACUUCUUUGUUAUAUAAUGCUGUUGUCCUUCACAGAUCCAUCCAUCCACAACCCCUUUUCCCAUUUUUGCGCAUGGGGUCAGGGUGUCGCUUUACCAGUAAGAAUCAUCUGGAGCCAUGGUUUACAACACAGAUAUUGAAAUGCAAAAUGUAAUGGAGAGAUGGACGGUUGUAGGAACAUCGCUGUUGUGGAAUUCAUAAUGUAGAGCAUUUCAGAAGAACAUGGCAAAAAUGAUUGUCAAGUAUGUUUAAAGUUUUAGUAACAAACCUUCAGAGUUGGACAUAAUGUCUGUACUAUAUACAGUACCAAAUUACAACAGUUUUGAUGCAAUACGUGUGUUAUUUUUGCAUUUUUUGGUUGGUUACAGCAGCCUUGGGAAGUUUUUCUGAGAGCUAAAGACUGCUGAUGUGACAUCAUGAAAAACUAUCCCACAGUGCUUCACUGCCUAAAUUAGUGUAUACUCCACUGUAUUUCUGUACUACUUACUGCAACAGGAGAACCUUGUUUUCUAAAAAGAGAGGUUAUCAGCAGUAUGUUGCCAGUGGAACACCUUACAGUGAAAAUGAACACAGGUGAUGAUGUCAUGGUAAAACCACAGUCAAGUAUCUACUUUUCUAAAGAAGCAAGUUAUUUUUAAUUUCCAAGAAAACCGUUCUGGUGUAUGUAAAUAAUUUCUCAAUGCCUACCAUUGUAUCAUUUGUGGGUAUGAUCAUCAGAAAAACUGAGUAGCUCAUGAAAUCAAAAUAUCCAAAAAUAUUCAGUAAUUUCCAUGAUUUUUAAAACUAUUUGCAUCAUGAGAAUAACUGAAAAUAAAGUUAAAUGUAAAGCAAAAACGCACUUGUAAUGCAGACAACAUUUUAAGAAAUAUGAAAACCUUGUUUAUCUCAUUUUCUGAGUGUCAUAGCUUUUUCAGGAUUAUCCUGUGUUAAACAUUUCAGCAUUUUGACUAACCACGAUUCUUUCUGUGUUUUCAAAGCCAACUUUUAUUCUGCCGAAUUAUUUGAUUUGCAGAUGUUUAGGACCUGGCUGUGAAACGCAUUUUGUUUUAUUUGUGUGCUACUGCUUUUUGUAUAUUUUUAUAAUGGUCAUAUCUGUUCUUUAUCAUGAUGACGGGUAGAACAAACAUUAUUGUGUAUUUUUAUAUUUUAAUUUAUAUGUGGUCUAGUUGACAUAUGGUGUGAGAUGUUGCCACCCUGACUGAUGAUAUGUAAAUAAAAAAAAGUGAAAUACAA